AUUCAUUGUGGUUGUACAACUUCUUGGAAAUCUAUUUUUAGUGAAACAGGGCGAGAUGAAAAGAAGUAAACAACUAGUACAUUUCCCCUAAACUAUAGAAAGGAUCGGAAACCUAAUCUUACCUUAUCAUUAGAGAAGAAACCUAGAAAAUUUUCGUGAGUGCGUACUCUGUUGGAAUUUUCAACUCAAAAAUUGUUGUUACUACACCGUAAUAUUUUGAUUUUUCGUAGUUUUCUCCCGUAGUAAAAGAUAUUUUUAGUGCUUAUAUCUUACGCUCAUUGAAGAGGACUAAUCUGGAUCUUCAUACUCAUAGAUUGUUCACACCAUAAGAAUGGAUACUUCUCGAAUAGUGAAGAGUGGCAAGGCCUCUGGUGGCAAGGCUUCUGCUGCCAAGGCUGCGGCUGUCAAUGCCUCUCCCGCUAAAGCGGGUUCUCAACAUGGUGCCGCUGUCGCAUCGUCAUCUUCUCCCGCUCCCGCAGGUGGUAAAUCUUCGGUUGCCAAACGUGCGUCUCACGCAGGAGAUGGUGGUGCGGGGCCUGUAAGCUCUGGGAAACGGGCGAGUCGUACAUCUUCGUCCUCGGAGGACAAAGGGGGGAAACGGCAGAGCAAAGGCGGAGACGAACAUGGAAAAAACGUUUUCUCCAGUUCUUCCGAUGAUGGUACAAACCAAAAGAUGCAAUCACCCAACGCAAAGAUGCAAAGAUCCGGAAGCCGACCCUCUAAGAUGGCAAAGAUCGAAAGUAACACAAAUGUCGAGGACGUUGUACACCAAACUUCUAAAUUAAGGGUACAAGAAAUCUCCCAUUUUCAGAGGCAUCCUGGUCCCGUUUUUUAAAGGGAAAAGGAGGCCCAAGAUUUGCUGCUGAGGAUGAAUUUUCAUUAUAGUUCUAACUAAAGUCGAAGAAGCAAUAAAUGCGUCCCGUGUCUUCGAGCAAGAAGGAAGUCAACAGCAACAUCAAGAUCAAGGGAAUCGUCAGGAGACAACGAAUCUCAAUGUGCACCAACAUGUUGUCGAGUCUCCGCCAGCUUCUCAACGGACACGUAUGAGCAGUCCGCCAGCAGGGUUACCAUGUUCAAACCUGAAACAUCAACUGGCUGCUUCCGCGGAUAAGGCUACAUCGGCAAGCAGCUCAGUCAAAAUUAAGGGUUCCCCUAAUCUCGUCCCAUUUUGAGAGUAAAACAUUUUGAAGGACCUGUCUUGUCCCAUGAUGAGGGGCAAAGAACAGCUCUAUAAGAUGAGCUUGAAAUCAUGAGAUCUGGGUGAGUUCUAAGAGAAGCUCGGUAGAAAAAGGGCAGAGAAGAGCAGCCAGGUUCUCUUUUGCGAAAGACGAGCAAGACAGUGUGCGCGCGGGGCUUUUGAGCGAACGCUUUCCGUUUGACUCUCGUUUAUGGCAUUUCUUUUAGUUCUAGAAUGGAGAAGCUAGGGUCCUCGUAAGAUUUGUUCAUAUGAGACGAACAGGCAGUCACUGGGGUCACUUGUAAUGGUGUUUAAGACCACGUUUCGGCAAAAAUUGUAUCAAUCUUAAAGGGAGAUGUAGUCGGACUUAUUGCCACUCUCAUUUGUGCAGUUGAUGGUCCAUUUUCUUGAUGCUGUGGCGAAGUCUGACGAUCCCGCGUUAGAUCGCUUCAGUGCACUGCUGCGCGAUGGCGUCGAUGCUUGCGAGCAGGAAAUCCUGAGGCGCGUUGAGGUACUUACAUACUCCUUGUGCAUCUCUAUCUUAGAAGACUUGUGAAUCUCCAUCUCAGAACUGACAGAAGAUCAUGAGUUACUCCUGCCUGUUUAACACACCAUUGGUCACCAGUUUACUAUGGUAGAUGUAGAAGUAGCAAGAACCACUACUUGUUGUAUAUUUCACUUCAUCUAGGUAAAAGAAGCCGAAGUGACCCACCUAGAGCACGUGCUCAAGGAGGACCUCCGAUUAGAACGUCAUCGAGCAGAGGAAGAGCUUGCAGAGGCUGUAAUCGCGGGGAGACAGCUGCAAGAAAAGGUGAAGGAUGCUGAAUCUAUCCUGGAAGAUUGGAGGAAAAGCGCUUAUGAGAACAAGAGAAAGGCGGGAGAGGUACUAUUUCACUUAGACCUACAACUACCUGGAUAGUGUACUUUUUUAUCCGCCACCAUUUAUUAUGAAAGAAGUCUUUGUAACAAUUUAUCCUAAAUCACAACACGCAAGGUCGCAGAGCGCGUCACAGGUCUGAAGAUUCAGCGGGAGCAAUUCGAUGUAGUCUAUGCGGAUUUCAAGCGGUUGCGGGAAUCACCGAAGGAUCGCGCCAUGGCGGACUCGUGGGCAGCUUGCUUUCGGGCACUUUUUACUUAAGGGUGGUGACCCUCGGAGUUGAUCUAAAAGUAGCUAGAAAUAGUUCUUCGCACUUACUUGUAUGACACUCACAACUAUAUAUUUCUGAACUACAUAAAAAUUUUCAGGGCCUCUAAGCCCCUCGCUGAUCUAGGUGGCGCACUAUCUGGGAUAGGGGCUUCUGGGUCGGCCUGGUGGUUAUGCAUAUAGGAUAGUGUAGGCGUAAGUAGUUUAACUAGCUAGUUAAGAUGGUUCCACUGGAGAAGAGGAGGUCUGCAGCUGCUGAUCUAGGUGGUAGCUCUUCGCACUUACUUGCAAUAGUAUUGUUUUCGACUUAUAUUGUUUAAAGGGUCCAAAGAUUACAAGAGCUUAUUGCAUUUCCAACACGGGUCAAGGGUCCAAAGAUUACAAGAGCAUAUUGCAUUUCCAACACGGGUAGUUGUACCAAGGGUCCAAAGAUCAUUACAAGAGCAUAUUGCAUUUCCAACACGGGUAGUUGUACCAGACGAACCUUUCUAACUCAUGAUGGACUCUAGUAGUGGCGCAGCUAGUUCUUCUACGGAUUCUCUAGCUUCUGAAUCGGCCGAUACAGAGCGUCGUGGCGCGAUCGUCCAAACCUUGAGAAAGAUCGUCCCGAACGAACAAAGCUUGGUGUCUGCCGCGCAAGCAGCACUAGGCAAGAACAACGGCGGCGACUUUGACACAGAGACUCUCGAUGAAGUGGCGGAAAUAUUUAAGAGGUACCAGUAGUACAGUAUAAUACGAAUACUUACUCCAUGAAAGAAGUUUUGACUUCUAGUGCCUAUUUUGACGAGUGCUUAUCUCCUUCCUGAACCAUUUGUAGCAACGCUUUUAUCUGAGUAUCCUCCGUGGCUUUCUUUAGAAGUAGAGAGUUUCAUCUCCUAACAACUUGGUUAGCCGGUCUGUCAUGUUCAACAUUCUCUUCGUCUCAUCUCCAAAACAAAGGUACAGCUCGUCUCUUUUCCGUGAUAUCGCCGAAGGCGAACACCAGGCUGGUGAACUGAGCGUGGAGGAACGUCUCAUCGCAACACGCGUAGAAGCUGAAAAAAAGGCGCUUUCAGCUGCAUCUGACGUCCACAGCAAGUGGGAAAUCGUCGUCACUAAAAAACGAAGCACUCUCUAUCGGAUAGAGGAUCGAAUUCGUGUGCAAGAAAGAUCGCUGGCCCAAAAACGCGCAGAACUGGAGUCGGGAUUACGCAUGGACCUUUUGGCUUUUCGGAAAACAGUGAAACUGGCUUUGAGCCGACUUCUGCUGAAACGCAGAACGAGUCUAUGUUGAGGAGAAUGUUCUUGGGGGUGAGCUGGCUAAAAUGAUGGGAGACAACAUCAGUAUCCCUUCAUCUUUUACAUGUUGUACUUGUACCGUUCAUAUCAUGCCAGUUGUCACAUGCCAGCGCAAAUGAUACUACAGUAAAGAGCAGAAUAAGAAAUAAGACCGUCUGCCUUGAUAUUGAAAGUACAUGCUGCAUGAGGAAAUGAAACUAAUGAGGAAGACGAGACUUCGAUGCGCAUCGUCUGAAAAACCGAUAUCUCGAGAAAAUUUAUGUCACUCUCAAAAAACAACUCUCAUUUCGAAAACUGGUCUUGGCGAUAGCCUCAACAUCCUUCGACACAACACGAUUUCCCAACUGGAACUCGAUCUGCGGUUCUUCAAUUUCUCAACAACAACUUUCUGUCCUUGUUCUUUCCGCGGUCGGGUCCUUCGAAGCAGUUAUGGUUCAUUUUGAUCGAAAUGGAAUGGAAUGCUUUGCAGAAUACAAAUAGG